UCCUCCACCGGUACCGCCGAGCCGCCAGCGGCCCGCUGACCUUUGUGCAGCGCUAAACACGUCGAUAACCGGAGAGCAAGCGGGGCGAAGGUCGAGGCUGGGAGAGGACUGAGUGUGUGCAGAGAGAGAGAGAGGAGUGUGAGGGUCCUGUCUCUGAGCUGUGUGUGUGUGUAUGUUUAUGAGUGAGGUGGUUUAUCGGGUCUCCGCUGUAUCCUGUUACUGUUAGCUGGGCUGUGUAGUUGUGAGGGGCGGAAGCGGCGGCUGUGAGCUCGGCUGUGUGUUGUGUUUGGUCUGUAAACGGGUCUAAAGCCGCUCGCUCGCGCUCAGGACAGUCAUGAAGUUCCUGCUGGAUACCCUGAAGGUGCUGCUGCUCUCGCUGUGGUUCAGCCUGGAGGCGCUGUGGCGCGCGCUCGUGCCCGCGCGCAGGAAGAGCGUUGCCGGGGAGACGGUGCUGUUGACGGGCGCGGGCAGCGGGCUGGGCAGGCUGAUGGCGCUCGAGUUCGCGAGACUUGGCGCGAGACUCGUGCUGUGGGACAUCUACGAGGAGGGUAACCUGGAAACGGCCCGGAUCAUCAAAGAGACGCAUAACGUCCGCGCGCACACCUACACCUGCGACUGCAGCAAGAGGGAAGAGGUGUAUAAAGUGGCUGAUCAGGUCAAACGAGAAGUUGGAGACGUCACUAUUCUGAUAAACAAUGCUGGAAUCGUCACUGGCAAGAAGUUCCUACAAUGCCCAGACUCUCUCAUGCAGAAGACGAUGGAUGUCAACAGCACGGCCCACUUCUGGACAUACAAGGCAUUUCUCCCAGCGAUGAUUGCUGGAAACCAUGGUCAUCUGGUCAGCAUCGCUAGCUCUGCUGGACUUGUCGGAGUCAAUGGACUUGCAGAUUACUGUGCGAGUAAGUUUGCAGCAAUAGGCUUUGCAGAGUCUGUGGGAUUGGAACUGUUGGCUACAGGCUCUGAUGGAGUGAAGACCACCAUAGUCUGCCCCUUCUUCAUCAAUACUGGAAUGUUUGAAGGAGCUAAUACGAAGUUUCCCCGACUCAUGCCGAUUCUGGAGCCAGAAUAUGUGUGCAAAAAGAUUAUGGAUGCAGUUCGAAGAGACCAGGUUUAUCUGUGUCUCCCUCGUUUCAUGUAUCUUAUAGUCGCUUUGAAGCAUAUUUUACCUGCUAAAAUGGGAGUGAUGCUCGGAGAGUAUCUGGGAGCGUUUGAUCUCAUGGCUACGUUCAAAGGGCGAAAGAGCGACUGAGUUUGUCAACUGAAGACUGGAGCCUAUUAAUACAGCCAUACAGCGUUGUAGAAGUGUGAUAAAGGGGAGACAGAUGGCACUGGCAUCUGCAUCUGCACACAGUGUGAAGAGCAACCACAUUUAAUGAAUAACAAAUCAACAAAGCUAGGAAGAAUUACUGUUCUAACAGCUAUGCAAGUCAUUGGCAAUCACAGGCAUGACAUUGAAGGCAUAACUUAAAAGCACUUAGUCAUUUAAAUGUAAAAUUCCUCUUGUAACCUAGUGUACAACUCAGUAUAUGAUAUAGCUCAGGAAUAAUACUUGAAAAUCUCUGAAGUAUAUUGCUUUAUCAUGCACAGGUAUAAUGACAUUAUGAUAUGGUUUAAAUAGUACCAUAUGUCUGUGCCUUGAUAAUAAUUCUGUCUGUAUUUUAAUCUUAAACGAACAGCUUGAUCUAGCCUAAUAUCCAAUUGCAUUUAAUGUAUAACAAAAUUAUGCAUGCUAUGCAAGUCUUUUAAGCUAUCAAGGACAUGAAGGAAUACCCGAAAGCACUUUGUCAUUUAAAUGUAAAAAUUCUAUCAUAACCUAGAAUACAGUAUAACUUCUGUAACAUCUGUAAGUAUGUGCUAUAGCUCAGAUAUAGUACUAUAAUGGACAGUGUAUCAUUUUGUUAUGUGCAAGCAUAACAACAAUUUUGUAACAGCGCUAAAAGUCUCAACCAUGAGAAGGGAUAGUCUGAAGCAAAGUCAAAUUAAUGUGAUUUAUCACUCAACCAGGAUGCAGUCGUUUGUUUCUUUCAGUUGUUUGUUUAGAACGGGAGAUGUUACUCUUAUAUUGCUAAAACUCUGGAUUUAAGGUGUUAUCCAGAUAUUCAUGAUUUAAUGCUAACAUUUGUGCUGUUUAGAACACACAGGGGGCAAUUUUCCAUACAGGGAUUAAGCCAUAGACGUAGUCAUAGACAAUGGAAAAUCUCCAUUCAAAAUGUUCUUUAGUCCAAGACUAGGCUUAAUCCCUGUCUGGGAAACUGCCUUGGAAUGUAUGUAAAAGUAGACUAAAAGGCAACAGUUGAAAAGUGAAGACAAAUAGUCUCUUUUGCACCCUCUGGUGGUUGACUGCAGCACAGUGUUUAACCAUACCCUAACCCAUGUACCAUAUUUUUCGCACUAUAAGGCGCAUUAAAAUCUUUUAGAUACCCCCAAAAUGGUCAGUGCACCUUAUAAUCUUAUGUAUAAGUUCAACCAGUCAGGUUGUAAUGAGCAGUACAGCCACUCUGCUAAAGUGCAUUGUGAUAAAGGAGUUUCAGUGAAGAUUUUCUCCAGUAUCAAGGCUAGAAAAGUAUUAGCUAGAGCUGCUAACCACAGCGCUAGCUCUUUCGCUGUUCAGAGGCGAGUAUAUCGGACUGUAGUCUGCACGUUUACCAUGUUAAAACAAGAUACGUGAGAUGAACCGCUAGCUGAUAGCGCCCUGGGUUACUGAAACCCUCAGGGUUCCUCAGAGUAGCAUUGUCAAGUGGCAUUAAUACCGCUAAGCGCUGCUAACCCCAGCUAGCACUGCUGCUAAUCGUGCUGUUGAAAAUACUGGAAAUCUAAGCUUACUGUAAAUAAACAGAAGCGUUUUACUCACCCAAAUAAACAGUUUUCUCCUUAUUCCUUACUAUUUUCACUCAAAAUGCGCCUUAUGAACCAAAAUAGACGAAAAUAGAAGAAAAUAGAUGUUCAUUGAUAGUUUGCUCUAUAAUACGGUGCACCUUAUAGUCAGUAAAAUACGGUAAGCAAACAGAGCCAGUAUUUGUUUUUUUUGCUUUGGACAGUUAUGUUCUUUCAGUUCUGCAAGUUCGUUGCACAUUAUUACCCACUUAAUAUCCUGCCCAGGGUUCUUAUUUUUUAUAACAUUACAACACAUUUUGUGUGUGUUUCUGAUAUGGGAGUGAGCAUAGACAUCCUUUUACUCUCAUAAAUAGUCUAUGUUUUAGAACACAGUAAACAAAAACAAACUACUAGCUAAAUGUGGGGGCAGCCAUUUUAAGUGAUCAUCUGAUUUUAGUUUAAUUUGGAGAAAAAACGUUUUUGGUUUUGUUUACUUAUCAAGUUAUGAAAGCUACAGUCUUUAGUCCAGUGUUUGCCUAGCAUCUCUCAUUUUAAAUAAACAAAGCAGACUUUAGGUCCCAGACAUGGCUUGACUGACUGACUGACUGCAUCUGGUAAUAAAGUGAUAAAUCAUGUUUGUUUGUUUUUACCCUGAUCUUUUACGUUAAAUCUCAGAAGGAACUGGUUAUUAUUAUGUCUAUUAGAAGACUGAUAUGAAGGAUGCAUACCGUUUGUAUGAAUGUGCCUUGACUUAUCACUCUUAUGGAAACCUAAUAAAAACUAUGCCUUUAAA